CAGGCUAGGCCAGUUAAUCAUUACUGCCUUAUUGUCAGACUUUAUAUAACCUGCAGUAGACCUGGUUAAGCAUCACAUGCAGAUUAAAGAAGAUAUUAAUGUUGUAGUUAUAUAGAAUUGAAUCUCGUCGUACAGUUUAAUCGGAGCACACAUUAUCUGCUUUGGUAAAUGUUUGCUAGUGUAGCUUUUCGUGUAGCUAGCAGUGUAGCUAGCUAACUGGCCAUCUUGUCUUUUUUUGCUGACACUAAUCGGGUUAGAGCUUCAAUAAGUUCUGUCGCAGUUGUCAGGAACCCAGAACAGCCCUGUGUGUAGGAUCACAGGACAUUGAACAUAGGCUGUGGGGUAACGUGGGGUCUCUGGGGAGCUUCAGGUUUGUCUUCCCAUGACAACGCGACACCAUGGCAGCAACGGCUCCAGCAGCGAUGCCGAGUGCCGGGUCUCGGAGGACGAGAGGAACACGGAGGAUGUGGAACUCACUGAGCUUGGACCGCUGCUAAUGAGUCCAAAAGCCUCUAUCAAAUCCAGGGGUGCAGCAGCUUACCCGAGUGAGGAGGAGGAGGAGGAGGAGGAUGACAAUGAUCAGGUGGUCACAUUGCCUUUGCAGGCUCACCAUGCCAUGGAGAAAAUGGAAGAGUUUGUACACAAGGUAUGGGAAGGACGCUGGCGAGUGAUUCCUUUCCACUUGCUUCCUGAUUGGCUAAAGGACAACGAUUACCUACUUCAUGGUCACCGGCCACCCAUGCCAUCUUUCCGAGCCUGCUUUGGAAGCAUCUUCAGGAUCCACACAGAAACUGGGAACAUCUGGACACAUUUACUGGGUCUGAUCCUGUUCAUCUGUCUGGGCACACUGACAAUGCUGAGGCCAAAUGUGUCAUUCAUGGCUCCACUACAGGAGAAAGUUGUGUUCGGGAUGUUUUUCCUAGGCGCUGUGCUGUGCCUCUGCUUCUCGUGGCUUUUCCACACAGUCUACUGUCACUCAGAGAAAGUGUCCAGAACAUUCUCUAAGUUGGAUUACUCGGGUAUAGCUUUGCUGAUAAUGGGCUCAUUCGUGCCGUGGCUCUACUACUCGUUUUACUGCUCUCCACAGCCACGCCUCAUAUACCUCUCUGUGGUGUGUGUUCUGGGCAUCUCCGCCAUCAUCGUGGCACAGUGGGAUCGCUUCGCCACUCCACGCCACAGACCUACACGUGCAGGUGUGUUCCUUGGCCUGGGAUUAAGUGGCAUUAUUCCAACAAUGCACUUCACCAUCGCUGAGGGCUUUGUAAAGGCAACAACAGUGGGGCAGAUGGGCUGGUUUAUCCUAAUGGGCGCCAUGUAUAUCACUGGAGCCGGUUUGUAUGCAGCACGCAUCCCUGAACGCUACUUUCCUGGGAAAUGUGAUAUCUGGUUUCAGUCUCAUCAAAUAUUCCAUGUGUUGGUGGUGGCUGCAGCCUUUAUUCACUUUUACGGCAUUUCCAACCUGCAGGAGUUCCGUUACGGCCUGGGAGGAGGCUGUACGGAUGACUCCCUCCUCUAAAAAGCUCCAUCCGUCUCUCCGCUUGCUUUCUACUCAUGACUUCAGCACCGAAGUGAUGAGCAUUUUGAACAUUUUCGGAUCAGUUCGGAUAGAGCUAUUGUACUCCCCUGCCUACCCUGCGCUCACUGAUCAAAAACUGUUAUUGUUAUUGACUUUAAGGGAUUAUCUAUAUUUUAAAAGGUUUAUACAAUCAUCAAUGUGUUUUAUUGUUGUAAUACUUGAAGGCAUAUUAAGCAAAUCUUACAACUCCUCUAGAAACAAUACUCCAGCAGUUUUCAACCUGAUCUCUAUUGACUAGUUUCUGUAGUGUGUGUGAUUACCACAGGCAAGGUCUGCGAACAAGUUUCCCUGUAGUGAAGAAAAACGUGUUAAUACAAACUUGUCAUAACUUUACAGUGACCUUGAGAGUUAGAAAGGCAUUAUAUAAACGGAAAGCAUUUAGAGCAGUCGUAAAGUACAACAAUAAUAAAUGUUCACAUUUCACAACAUAUAUAUAUAUAUAAGAAAUUCAAAAGCUGAUGCAUUCUUUAUAAUAAAGGUCUUAGGAUAAGACCAACAUUGGAGAAAGACUCAUCAACUUGCUUAUACUUUUACAGUUUCUUUUUCAUAGUUUUGUGGUAUCUGCCAACAGGGAACUGAAGGUACUUAGGUGUUUCUCUCUGUGUUGGUAAAAUGGUACCACAAAUGUCACCCUUUCCCCUGCAGAAACACUUUUUUUUUUGUUUUGUUUUUUUACAUAAAGUUUAUUAACUGUUUAACGGCUGCUUGAGACAAUUAUAUGUGAGCUUAAAGCAAAAAAAAAAAAACUUUUUUAUUAUUAUUCUUUUCUCAAUACAAGGAACUGUAAAUUCUUGUUCAUGGUUAUUACACAAACACUACAUACACAGUAGAUGAAGAUUUAAAAAAAACGGACUAUUUGUUUAGGCUUUUGUUCACGGUUUAGUCUUCAAGGCACUGUCACACUGCUGGGGUGGGGUGGGGGGUGUAUAUCUUGAGAGGCAUUUAGUCACAGACCACUGAGAGUUGUGUGAGCAGUGCUACCUCUUCCUGUCUUGUUCAGUCUGUACACUGUUGGAUAAACCUGCUUCGUGUCUGAGAGAAGUAGCUACAGCUUUUGGGUGGUGCAGGUGUCUAGAACUAUAAAAGCAGGUAUAAAAUAUUAAAGUCUUUCAUCUGCUGUAAAUGAUUUCAUGUAAUAAUCUGUAGUUUGUGAGAAAACAGAAUUUUCCUAGAUAAAUUUUUAAAUGUUCCCUUG